UCAUUCAAGGCUUGCCACCCAGGGUACAAAGUUCAGGUGACAGAAAGAUGGCCGGGGACUCAGUGGGUACCCCGCUUCUCCUGGAGGACAUGGUCUUCCCUGCUCUCAUCACUGUCCUUGCAGCCCUGCAUCUGAGCACCAUAGCUCGCCGAGUGGGUCUACAACGAAUCAAACUGAAGAUUAGCCUCCCAAACACGACAGGGGAUCCUGUCUUUGAAAGGACCUUCCGAGCACACCAAAACUGUUCUGAGUUUUUUCCAAUCUUCUUGAGUGUUCUGUGGGUUUCUGCCAUCUUCUUUCAUCCAGGACUGGCGUCAUUGGUAGGAGUGGUGUACAUGUUCUUCAGAGAGAAUUACUUCAACGGCUACAAACGAAGUCCAAAGGAAAGACUUCCUGGGUUCAUCGGCAGCAUCAUCUGUCUCUUCGUCUUAGUCGGCACAGGUCUACUUGGAACGGUGACAUUAGCGCUGCGUCGCUAUGGAUAAGCUGACUCUUCAUCCACCUCUCUUCCUGGAUCGUAAGAUCCCGGGUGGAUGUAACCAGAGUCCAUUGCCCUCCUCCACCAAGCAAACAUGGAUUCAAUGAGGCAUUACUGAAGAGUCACGUAGUGUGUCAAGCAUGUACACUAGCCCAAAAGCUUCAAAUAGUUGGUGUGUGUUGACAAUGCGAUUAACACAUGACAAACAUGUUCCUAAUUGAAUGCUUUUACACAAUUAAAUAUGGAUCAUAAGUUAAAACACUGAAAAGUGUAAUAUAAAGCUGAUGAAAAAGCUACCCAAAACGCAGCUGAAUGCAGCCAGUGACUGCAGUAUCUGCAUGUAGAUUACAGGACAAGUCACAGUCAAUGUGCAUAUUAAAUGGUUUAUUCCAGAUGCAACUGAAAUGCGCUUUCAGAAGUUGAAAUAGUAUUUUCUAAAACAGUUUUCCCAUUUGUCUACAUAAACCACAAAAGGUUAGGUCCACCCCCCAGCAGACUAGUUUAUGACUGACUGACAACAGGGCUGGUGGUAUUUGGGUCGGAUUACUGCAGUUUACAGAGCUUCUCUGUAACUACCAUUUGUUAACUGACUGCAUAUUUCUCGUGUGACAUUCUGCAAUAAUUAUAUUUUGCUAAUAAAUCACUGCUCCUAACUC